ACGAAAGCCUCGUCUGUCGUCAGCGUAGCAACACCAUACAACCUUACCACCAUUAAUGACCGGAACAGAUACACGCAUCCGAAAUAUACGCACAAAAAAAAAAAAAAAGAGUAUCGCCAGCCGUUCGCGACCAACCAAACCACAACCCACACCCAAAAACAAAAAAACUCAAUUUUCGCACAACAUCUUCACUUGGGGCCGUCACAACGUAUCCUCCAUUGAAUAAAAACAACGGCAGCUAAGCCGGGGGCCCAAAAUGACCGGCACAUUUUUUCAUUGACCGCUUUUUUUUUUCUUCUCUCUCCCCUAGGGCUGUUGAUUUCUCUCUUUUGUACAGUCAACAGCCUCGAUUCGUGGUCUCCGCCCCCUGCUUUGGAUGACGUAUUUUCGCUACCCCGCUUCCUCGUCGAAAAAACACAUUCUUGCGCAAGCGUCUUUAGGGACGAGCGCUUUGGGCGCGGGCGAACGCUCUGCAUGCGUGCCGACGCCUUAAUUCGGCGUGCUACUGGAAGCGCCAUCCCGGUUUCGCCUUCUUUCCUCCUUCAACCCGAAACUCUUCUCAAGAACAAAGGCCAUCGAAUUAGACGCUACUCGCAGCAUCAUCUCAACAAGUAAAAUCACGACGUCCCCUGGUUAGUGCACACUCCACAGGCUCAACGACCGGGUGCUCAUGACAAAUUAAUCCCUAAUUUAGCCUUUGGGCGAGAGAAGGGGGCGGCGAAAGGAGAACAAGAUUGGCUCCGUCAUGACAGAAACAAAAAGGCCCACCAACUGCUCCCAUGGCGGCCGCGCAAGGGAAUGCGGCAACGUUACACAAGGACGAAAUCUCGAUCGAAAGAGCGACAAGCAGCUCCCAACACGCCUCUUUCCCAGCAGCGGUUAUCCGCAACACAACAGCCGCCAUGAGCCGCGGUACACCAUUCUUCACGGGGUUUGCCGUCCCAUCGACAUAA